AUGGGCAAGAAAAUCAAACAUUCGGACAUAUUUCCUAGCAACCCCAUGCUCAUGUGCAUUUGCGGAUCUUCGGGUUGUGGAAAGACUUAUCUCACUUUUAACAUGUUGACAACACCGAACCUUUUAGAUUUCGAGUCUCUGUAUAUUUACACGACUACUCCCGAACAAUCCUAUUAUCAGUUUCUCAAAGCUUUGGAAUACAUCUCGAAAGAAGAAGUUCAAGACAUUUUUCACUACUACGAAAGCAACGAAGACUUGCAAGAGAACACGGAAAUAAAAGACAUUUUAGACGGGUUUAUCAAAGAAAAAAAUCCUUCUCUGAAACCGACCGACGUAAAAAACUUGAUUGUCUUUGACGACUGCGUGGCACAAAAAAGUCAAACCGUUCAACAAGAAUUCUUCACAAAAGGAAGACAUCACAACUGUCACUGCAUAUACCAAUCCCAAUCUUUCUACGGAAUGGACGCCAUGUUUAUCAGAGAGAACGCAAAUUGUUUUUUAUUAUUCGAAUUAAACGACAAAGAUUUAUCUCAAAUUAUUCAGUCAAUAAAUCACGGAAUGGACAGAGACACGUUUAAAAAGGUUUGUAAAGCUCAAUGGAGAAACCCGGAUGAUCAUGGAUAUGUAUUUGUAAAUACUAGAAAACCUGCGGGUGAAAGAGUUAUGAUCGAUAUAUGUUAA